AUGACACCACACGCGGAGGCUGAGACGGCCUCGUCGAACUGGGGACUAUGGAGCAACGGCAGCUACGAAAGCCCAUCCUCGUCUAGAGAGCUCUUCACGGUCAACUCCCCCAACGUUGUGUACAGGGAUGAUGAGGUGCUUUCCAAGUACACGUACCGAACCACAACCGUUACCAAGGACGCCAGUACUGGGCAAUAUAUUGCCACCCCCACAGAAACCAGGUACGACUUCCGAGUCGACCGCAGAAUCCCCAAGGUCGGGGUCAUGCUCGUAGGCUGGGGUGGCAACAACGGCACGACCGUUACGGCCGGACUGCUCGCUAAUCGUCGCGGGCUCGUGUGGGACACGCGUGAGGGCCCGAGGGCUGCGAACUACUAUGGAUCGUUGGUCAUGGGCUCUACCAUGAAGCUCGGCAUCGACGCAGAGCACCGGGACGUGAAUAUUCCCUUACACAACGUACUGCCAAUGGUACACCCCAACGAUCUCAUGGUGGGCGGAUGGGAUAUCAGUAACAUGAACCUCGCGGAGGCCAUGGACCGGGCGGCAGUGCUCCAGCCAACGCUGAAAAUGCAACUCAAGAAAGAGAUGGCCCAGAUGGUGCCCCUCCCUAGCAUCUACUAUCCCGACUUUAUCGCCUCCAACCAGAGCGGUCGAGCAAACCAUGUGCUUCCUGGCGACCGCGCCUGCAUGGCCCAUGUAGACCAGAUCCGCAAAGACAUUCGAAGCGAUUUCAAAAGCGCAAACAACCUCGACAAGGUUGUAGUCCUGUGGACUGCUAACACGGAACGUUAUGCCGAUAUAGUCGCUGGUAUAAACGAUACAGCAGACAACUUACUCGAGGCUAUCACUCAGGGCCAUAAGGAGAUCGCGCCUUCAACCAUCUUUGCGGUAGCUUCGAUCCUUGAGAAGACCCCGUUUAUUAACGGCUCGCCGCAGAAUACAUUUGUGCCUGGCGCUAUCGAUCUUGCCCAGAAGCAUGGUGUAUUUAUCGGUGGCGAUGAUUUCAAAUCUGGACAGACUAAGAUGAAAUCUGCCUUGGUAGAAUUCUUAAUCAACGCGGGUAUCAAGCUUGUUUCUAUUGCGAGCUAUAACCAUCUAGGGAAUAACGACGGCAGAAAUCUGAGCGAACAGAAGCAGUUCCGAUCUAAAGAGAUCUCGAAAUCUAACGUAGUGGACGAUAUGGUCGAGGCAAAUACGAUCCUCUAUAAGGAGGGAGAGCAUCCGGACCAUACCGUUGUUAUCAAGUACAUGCCUGCUGUGGGCGAUGACAAGCGGGCCCUCGAUGAGUACUACGCCGAGAUCUUCCUGGGUGGUCAUCAGACGAUUUCAAUCUUCAACGUCUGCGAGGACUCGCUUCUAGCGUCUCCCCUCAUUAUUGAUCUCGUCUUGAUCACCGAGAUGAUGACCAGAAUUCAGUGGAGAUCCAGCUCCUCCAAUGACCUCGAAUCCACUAUUCCAUACGAGAGCUUCCACAGCGUCCUGAGCAUCCUCAGCUACAUGCUAAAAGCUCCCUUAACUCCGCCUGGAACUCCGGUGGUCAAUGCAUUGGGGAAACAGCGCGCCGCCCUAAUCAACAUCUUCCGGGCCUGCGUGGGUCUAGAGCCGGAGUCCGAUUUGGCUCUUGAGCAUAGGCUGUUCUAA